CCAAACAUACAAUGUGUACAGGGCAGUACUGUGUGCUGUAUAUUUACAUCAGAGACGGAACACACUCACACCACCAGGGGUCACUGUAAGGCCACAUUCUGGAUUCGGCGCCUCGCCUGCGUUAGUUCAGGCAGGUUUGUGCAAAUGUAGCAGAUAAAUAAAUGAAGUGGAAAACACACAUGUGAUUAUUCUUGGCGGCAUUCGCACAGCCUGUGUUUUACAGAGGAGGGAGAUUGAGAGCUUUUUUCCGCCAAAAUUCGCCUCUCAAUCAACAGGUGAGCGUUUCAAAAUGGCGUCGUUUGCCGCGAAGGUCAACGCGACCGGAAGCGUUCACAGCGGCCAAGUCGACUAAAGCUUGCCCCUUCGGAGAUGAAAAUAACGGCCCACGCUUUUUCCCAAUUGACUCGACGACAACUGAUGUGUGUUCAUUUCAGUGUGUCGCUGCUGCUGCUCCUCCUCCUCUUGCCUCCUCUGCGCGUCACCGGCCCGGAGGCGACAGGAUCUUUUCAGACCAAAUGCCUGGAGCGUCAUUUCUGGCUGUCGGUCAAGUCCGUCUCCCUCAGCUCAAGGAUCCGUUUUGACUUUGAAGACCAGUACGGACACCACGUCCUCUCUGAUCGGGAGGCUGCGCUCUGCGGUUACACCGUCCUGAUCAAUGAGGUUGGAGACCUGGUGUUUCGUGCCUCCUUCCUGGCCUGUCAUGUCCACACCCAGACGGGCGCAGACUACCGCCUGCGCGCCUGGUUUGUGAACCUCCGGGCGGAUGGGAGGGUUCUGGCGCUGUUCCCCUUCCAGCUCUACUGCUCUUUGCCGGGGCAGUGGAGCACCAGAGAGAUCGUCUGUGAAGAAAACUACAUGGAGGUGUCCAUCCAUCUGCCUGUCCUGACUGUGAAGUCCAAAAAUGACAAGGAGGGAGCUCCUCAGGCAGAAAUGGCUGUGGUGUUCCACAGAGCUGACCAGCGGCCAGAGGAAGCCGCGGUGUUAUCCCUGGUGGACGCUGCGGCUCUGAGCUACCACAUCUCCGUGCGUGGCUCACAUCUCACCCUCCGCUGCCCCUAUGCCUCUCCUCUCUCAUACACCAUGAAGGAGGAUGGAGUGGAUUUGGAGAUUGUCAGUGCAACUAUCCUUUACGGACUCCAGAGGAACACCGUAGCCAUUGACACCAUUGUUGCCUGUGCCCUGAAUGAGGCUGCAACAGAUGGGCCGCAACUGCUGUGGACUGUCCCCGUUACUCCCUCCCCUCUAGUUCAAGGGCAGGUCAGGGACAGAGGCGUAAGGAUCGGAGUUAACGGCCAAGCUCUGAGUGAAUCUGAAACCAAAGAGAGACGAUACACGAUCGGCCUGCAGGAGGGGAGGGUGGAGGUCAGGAUUCCUAUAGGAGCCCCUGGUGGACACAUAAAGAGUGGUGUGAUCAGGGGACAGUACAGCCAGUCCAUGUCCGUGGAUCUGUUCGUCAUGAGUCAGUGGGAAGACGAGCGCUGGCCUCUCUCACAGCUCCGCUCCUUCAGGCUCCUUAAGACGCCUCUCAUCCCUCAAACCCUUAACUUGAUCAGGAAAUAUUGUGUGUUGAAGAUGCCGCCGUUACGCACCCGUCUCUGUCCCACCGUAGACACAGCCCCAUCCGAGGGAUUUUUCUCCGUGACCUUUGGCCCGUUUGCAUCCGAUGUGUCCCUGCGGAAGGUGACAAUAGACAGCGGCGGUGACCUUUUAACCUGGACCCAAAGCCGCCAAACACAGAGUGACGCAGACCUCGCGGUGUCCAGGAUCGCCCACGUGAACGGGACCUACUCCUUCCGGCUCAGUUUCCCGUUGUCGCACCGAAAAAUAAUCCCUGAGUAUAUAGGUGCUGGGUAUAAGAAGUACAGCUUCACUUUCCUCUUUACGCUUAACAUCUCGCCCAAUAGAGAAGUGUUUUACCAUCAAGCCACCAUAGAGCAUAGUGUUGAGUACACAGCUCCAAGUUCCCCCAAACUGGAGGGGAAGUGCACUGAGAGUAGCCUGCUGGUGCUGCUGCACCAUGGGGCCCAGGUCGAGCUUCAGUGGGAGCUCUUCCUUGGCGCCCGCAAGCUGGACUGGGACCUGGUGGAGAUGGGUGGGUUCGUGGUGGAGGCACAGGAUGACUACUUAAUUGUGGAGAUCCCUCUCUACAGCCCUGGGAUGAAUUAUGAGGAGUUGACAUUGUGGGGUCUUGUUGCUGGAGUGAACGCGUUCAUCGUGGAUGCAAAGUCUCUGAAAGUACAGGACAGUCUUUUCCACAAAUGCACCUUUCCUGUUAGAGAAUUAUUAGUAUGUUUGCCAGAAGGAAGAAUGGUGGCAGUGGUGGACACCACCCACACCAUCCCCCCUACUCACCCCAACCGAACCACUCUACUGGACCCCAGCUGCGUUCCCAUGGAGAUGGACAGUGCCAGAGCUCUGUUCAGCUUCAGCCUGGACUCCUGUGGGACAAUCGUCACUACUGAGGGAAAUCUCCUGGUUUAUGAAAACCAGAUUAGCUACAAUCAAGAUUUUCUGCCUUUGGAUGAUCCUGUUAUACACAGAGAUUCUCCAUACAGGCUGACAAUCCAGUGUCGAUACCCUGCAAACGGUAGUAGGGCACUUGCUAUUCAAUAUCCUGUGUACUCCUCUCUGGACCUUUCACCCGUGAGGCCAGUCAAACCAACCCGCAGGGAAGCUGCAACCACAGCGUGGAUCACGUGGACGGAUCUUUCCAUCACGCCGCCACUCAUGCUCUGCACAUUUGUUUCUGCAUUCUGGACCUGUAAAUCAAAUAAACCAAAGCUGGCCUUCCUCCUGUCCGUGUGGCGAACCGCAAAGUGUGAUCAGAUUCCCGCCGGAGUUUUGCACACGGAGUGUCGCGACCGUAACUUCAUGAUGGCCGUUGAUCUCUCUUUCACUGGAGAGGCCUUUCGCUUUGAGGCUGUAGAUGGAACAGGCGCGUACCCCAUCACUCAGCAGUAUGCAGCCGAGUGUGGCUACACGGUCAGUGUUCUCCCUUUAGCGGGCCAUGUGGAGCUCCGGGCCUCUUACUUCAGCUGUCACGCUGAAAACAAGGACGACGUGUUCGCCUUCAACUUCAAUCUGAUUCUGGCACAGGGCGGAUACGAGGUCACCUAUACCACGGCCAAGACCUGUUCUCCCCCUCUCCCCUGGUCUCCCAGAGAGGUUACCUGCGAGGUCAACUACAUGGAAGUGUCUGUUAGGAGUACAGUUACCUGUCCAUCCGACGGAAAGGGAGAAGACUUGAAUGCUGCUUUGAAGCCUAAAUAUUCCACAGCCACCUCAGACUGGCAGGUGAUGUUUCAGAGAGCCGAGGUACAGUUGACCCCAAUGGACCUCUCUGACGCUCACAAGCAGGGCUAUGUGUUUGACCUGACAGAUGGAAGGCUUGUAUUUCGUACACCCUAUGGUCAACCGGACUCAAUUAGCACUGAGGUGAAUGGUGUUCCAGUAGAGGUGGUCCAUGCAACGCUGUUCUCCAGACAAAGCUGGGUUGUCCUCAUGGUCGACCUUGUGGCUGCUUGCUCCAUGUAUGAAGGUUCAUAUGAUGACCAUGGAUACAUGAUGUGGGAGACUCCUGAGGUGCUUCACCCGCUGGUGUCUGGUCUGCACAACACACAGAUCAACAUUGGUGUCAAUGGUGAACUUGUGGAGGAGCCAGUUGCAGAGGAGAGAGGCUACAUUGUGGAGAAGCACAACUCCACACUCGAAAUCAGCAUCCCCUAUAAUGCUGAAGGAGCAUAUAGGAAGAGCGUCGUGAAUGGUGACCUCUACGAGUACUACAUCUUUCAUCUCUAUUUGGAGCAAAUCUCAAUGGAUGGGGAUCAUGUUGACACCAGACUUCGCUUACACAGGACACUAGCAACUCCUCUGCUGCAACGCCCUGUCUUUACAGAGAACAGAACCGUUCCUGAGGAACACGCGUUCACAGUCUACCUGGGAAAUGUCCCUGAGGAUGUCGAGCUUUCAGGUGGUGAAUUGAAUGAACACAAAUGUGCAGUUCCAUUUACAAAUGCGAGUGGCCACACCUUCGCAAAAGUUGCUUAUCCCAACAACACCAAUGGCUACAUUCUGAAGGUGCCUUUCGAUGACCCUGUUGUCAUACAGCAGUUCUCCAAAGAGGGUCACGCUAUAAAGCACAUGUUGGACAUCAACUACACACUGACAGUUCUGUCUGAAAAUGAGCCUUAUUACCACCUCGCGUCUGUCAUGGCACUCACGGAUGUCUCGCCUCCAGAGUUUGAUGCAGUCUGUUCAGAGUCUGGCAUCCGCUUCAAACUGGACCACCGGCCUUUUGAUUACCUGUGGUACAUUAGUAUCGGUUCGGACCUGCUGACGCCAGAGCUGGCAGCCCAGCACGGCUACAUCAUAAGCAACAAUAGCCGCAGUCUGUUGCUUGAGGUGCCCCUCUUCACAUAUGGAUAUGAAUACAAGGACAUUUCUCUGAAAGGAUUCCUUGGUACAUUUGAGAUCCUUAUUCGAGAUCAUGAAACAUCAGAGGUCCAGAGAUCAACUAUCAAGACUUGUCAAUUCGCUUCUACAGAGUUAAUUAUGUGUUCAACUGAUGGCAGGAUGACUGUGGUAGCUGACUUGUCCCUGGCCAUCCCAAGUGGAGGUAUGCCUGCUAGAACCAACCUCAACGACAAAUACUGUGGACCAAAAGAAGCAGAUGACACCAGAGCUCUGUUCUCCUUCCCACUCAACAGCUGUGGAUCCAUGGUCAAGCUCGGCAAGGAAAAUGUGACCUAUGAAAAUGAGAUAUUCUUCAGCAAGAAGUUGCGUAGUUGGAAAAAUCCAAUGGAUUCCAGCAAUGAGAUUGAUGGGGUUAAAAUGCAGUGUACAUAUCCUCUGGAAGGGCUCCAUCGUCUCUUCUCAGCGUACAGGUUUGAGUCUGAUGCAGUUGGCGUCGGCCGCAUUGUACAUUCUGCACACUCGACUGAAGAUCUACACAGACCCAUGGAAUUCACUGCGAUGUUUCAAUAUCCAGUUCCUGUUAUGAGACCUGUUUUAGUAAAGCCUGGUAACCAUGGCAAUGUUCAGCAUAUCAAAGUAUCCAACUAUUUAAAGAAUAUCAAAGGAGCCAGGGGAUCAUCACAAGCUAAAGUGACUCCACAAUUUGAAUCCUGAAUAAAUGUUUUUUUUAAAUUUUCCCA